GAGCGAUUGCGCGCCUCCUGGUCCGAGUAUUCCCCAUCUGUCGUAACAAAUUUCGUAACGGAUCUGGAGGCACAUUAUGCGCUUUUCCUUGUGGCCGCGCGCUUCCAAAGAUAGGAAGCGCUACCGAAGGAAAGGAGGGGGUGGAGGCGGACGCGGUGGAAGCAGCGGUGGAGAAAGUAGCGGCGGGAGUCGUGGAGGGAGCAGCGGCGGGUCAUCUUCAGGUGCUUCAAGUGGGACGCGGUCAUCUGUUCCUCUUGGAGCUGGGUCGAGUACGGGCGGAAGGACGUCCGCGACGACGUAUGGAAACGGAGGAGGGAGUGUGCGUACGAUUCCGAGCGGUCAGUUGUUUGCGGGUAGGAGUCAAGGUGGAGGGACGAGAGGGCAAGUUUUCGGGACGCAGACGUACGGGAGUGGGUACCCGGGCGUCGCUUCGAGAGGUGUAAACAACCUUGGAUUCCCGUUUUACUUCUGGCCUGUCGUGUGGGGUUCGGCUGGAGCUGGUAGUGUUGCAUAUCUGCAUGAUUCCGAGUAUGGCGAUCCAAACAACAGCUCAAGACCAGGCGGACCACUCAACACCAUCGCCUACUCUUCCUCUACAGGAAACACAACUGUACACAUAAUGGCAGAUAAUUCAACAAGCAUCGCCCUUCGCACCGCAAUCGCAUCCAACUGCUCCACAGUCCUAGCCUCAAACAGCACUGGAUCUCAACCUGAACUCGCGUUCGACCAAACGAAUUCAUCCAUGCCGAAACCUGAACAAGCCAUCCAGUAUUAUCGAGCGAGUAGUGUCGUUCUUACCCUGGAUGGGUACAAUGAUACGACGGCGCUCAACGGAUCGGCGGGGGCGAAUGAUUUGCAUACGCCGUUACCUUCGUGGGUGAACACGACUUUCUUGAGUUGUGUGAAUGAGACGAUUGGUGCGGCUGCUCCGCUUGUUGAUGGGGACGUCACGACGUACGGAUCGGUUUCGGUGUACAAUAUGGGAGUGUUGGGACUUGCAUGGUUGGUGAUGAUUCUGUUUCAACAAGUCUUGUGAGACCUGUGCAGGUUCCUGGUCUCCAUAACUUGUGCUACUCGUCCAGAAAGGGGACGUUAACUUUCGGCUGUUCUUCAAGUUCGCCUUACUCGUAUACCCUAUAAACGAUUCCUUUUCGUUCCUUCUUUCUUUAUAGUGUAAUUCACGCCUGGGUUUUUACUUUGUUCUUUAUGUACUGUGAUCCUUCAUAGGUGCAUGUAAUG